GCCUUUGCAUGACUAAUGCAAAUUUGUUUCCCUAAUGUAAAGGACUUGGAGAAGGAUGUGGGGUUUGAGGUGGUGGGUGACGCCCCUGACAAAGCCCCAACCCCACCCAGCGCACAAGAGGACAAGAAUGUUGCCAACGGCAACAAAGACUCUGCAGAACCGUCCACCUCUUCCAAAGCCCCUGCUGAGCAGGAUGAUGUUCUGAUAGUUGAUUCAGACGAGGAGGAGCCGUCCUCCAGCACUAUGGAUGUCCGCAUGGAGUCAGGAGGCCACAAGAGGAAGCUCCAUGAUGCUGAGACAGGCGAGGCUUCAGCCAAGCGCCAACGCCUGGAUCAGCCUUCGGCGGCCGAUGAGGACGAUGAUGACAUCAUUGCACUAGACUAGUAUGUCUCUCCUGGCCCCUCCCCUCUUCAGAAGGAUGAAACUCUGUGUUUGUGUUUUCAUACGCUGUUCCUCUUACCAAACAUGUGUAAAUAUAAAUGUACAAAAACUG